AAUGGGCAGACGGCCCUAAUGAUUGCAGCAGAACAAGGAAACUUCGAAGUGGUCCAGGAGCUGCUCGGGAAGAGGGCCAACUGUAAUCUCGAUGAUGUGGAUAACUGGACGGCUCUCAUUUCUGCUGCCAAAGAGGGACAUUUGGAGAUUGUUAGAGAGCUACUGGACUGCAAUGCCUACCUGGAACAUCGUGAUAUGGGAGGAUGGACCGCUCUUAUGUGGGCCUCUUACAAAGGAUGCACUGACGUGGUGGAGCUUCUACUCUCUAAAGAUGCAAAUCCAAACAUAACUGGCUUGCAAUACAGUGUGUACCCAAUUAUCUGGGCAGCCGGGCGAGGCCACUCUGAUAUAUUGAAACUUUUGCUGCAGUACGGAGCCAAGGUCAACUGCUCUGACAAGUAUGGAACCACUCCGCUCAUCUGGGCUGCGAGGAAGGGGCACUUGGAGAGUGUCAAGUCUCUGUUGCAGAUGGGAGCCGAUGUUGAUCAGGAGGGGGCUAAUUCAAUGACUGCUCUGAUUGUGGCUGUAAGAGGUGGCUACACUGACACAGUAAAGGAGAUCUUAAAGAGGAAUCCCAAUGUGAAUUUGACUGAUAAAGAUGGGAACACGGCUCUGGCCAUUGCAGCCAAGGAGGGUCAUACAGAGAUUGUGCAGGAUCUCCUUGAUGCUGGAACCUAUGUCAAUAUACCUGAUCGGAAUGGAGAUACAGUACUGAUUGGUGCGGUUCGAGGAGGCCAUGUUGAAAUUGUGCGGGCUCUACUGAAUAAGUAUGCCGAUAUCGACAUCAGAGGACAGGAUAAUAAAACUGCCUUGUAUUGGGCUGUUGAGAAAGGCAAUGCCACCAUGGUGCGGGAUAUUCUACAAUGCAACCCUGACACUGAAAUCUGCACAAAGGAUGGAGAAACCCCACUGAUUAAAGCCACAAAGAUGAGAAACAUUGAAGUCGUGGAGCUUUUACUGGAUAAGGGAGCCAAGGUUUCUGCAAUUGAUAAGAAAGGGGACACUCCUCUGCAUAUCGCUAUCAGAGGCAGAAGCCGGAAACUUGCAGAAUUGCUGCUGAGGAACCCAAAAGAUGGCAGAUUACUGUACAGGCCAAAUAAAGCCGGAGAGACGCCAUAUAACAUAGACUGCACCCACCAGAAGAGCAUUCUCACUCAGAUAUUCGGAGCCAGGCACCUUUCUCCUACUGAGACUGAUGGUGAUAUGCUGGGGUAUGAUCUCUACAGCAGUGCCCUGGCUGACAUCCUCAGUGAGCCCACCAUGCAGCCUCCCAUCUGUGUUGGACUGUACGCUCAAUGGGGAAGUGGAAAGUCAUUUUUGCUUAAAAAGCUUGAAGAUGAAAUGAAGACAUUUGCCGGGCAGCAGAUUGAGCCCCUCUUCCAGUUCUCUUGGCUCAUCGUCUUCCUCAUUUUGAUGCUGUGCAGCACUGUUGGAUUGCUCCUGUCGUUCAGUGUGGAUGCCAAGCUGGGGAUAUCCGUGUCACUCAGCCUGCUGGCUGUCCUCUAUAUAUUCUUCACUGCGGUGUAUUUUGGCGGGCGACGGGAAGGAGAGAAUUGGACCUGGGCCUGGGUGUUAAGUACCAGACUUGCACGACAUAUUGGUUAUCUGGAACUACUGCUGAAACUGAUGUUUGUGAAUCCUCCAGAGCUCCCAGAGCAGACCACCAAGGCUUUACCUGUUAGGUUCCUUUUUACGGAUUAUAAUAGGCUCUCUAGUGUUGGUGGCGAGACCUCCAUGGCAGAAAUGAUCGCCACUCUCUCCGAUGCAUGUGAGAGAGAGUUUGGUUUUCUAGCAACUCGACUUUUUAGGGUCUUCAAGACCGAAGAAACCCAAGGGAAGAAGAAAUGGAAGAAGACCUGUUGCCUUCCAUCCUUUGUCAUUUUCAUCUUCAUCAUGACUUGCAUCUUCACUGGAGUUAUUUUAUUGGCAAUCUUCAAAGUGGAUGCCAAAAACAUGACGGUGAAUGCUAUUUUGAUAGCCGUGGCUUGUGUUGUUGGCCUGGUGCUGGUUCUGAAUUGUCUCACAUGGUGGCAAGUGAUGGACUCCAUAUUGAACUCACAGAGAAAACGCCUUCAUAGUGCGGCCUCCAGACUACACAGGCUGAAGAGUGAGGGCUUCAUGAAGGUUCUGAAAUGCGAAGUAGAACUGAUGGCUAAAAUGACAAAGACAAUCGACAGUUUCACACAGAACCAGACAAGACUCGUUGUGAUCAUCGAUGGGCUGGAUGCCUGUGAGCAAGACAAGGUCCUUCAAAUGCUGGAUACGGAGGUUUUACAAGCAGCUUGUGAAUUUGCCCCGGAGGGCUGCCAUAGCCAGAGACGAGAGCGCUCCAUGAACGAAGCAGAAAUAAAUGAUGGUGGCCAUGAGGACCUGGACCGUCGGGUGUCACAGCACAGUCUUGCUGAAACCGCAAAACUUGGCAGCAAAACAGCCUUAAACAGACGGGAUACCUAUCGAAGACGUCAUAUACAGAGAUCAGUUACUCGACAGAUGUCCUUUGACCUCACCAAACUAUUAGUGACAGAGGACUGGUUCAGUGACAUCAGUCCCCAGACAAUGAGAAGAUUGUUAAAUAUUGUUUCAGUUACAGGACGAUUAUUACGAGCCAACCAGAUUAGUUUUAACUGGGACAGGCUGGCCUCAUGGAUCAACCUUACAGAGCAGUGGCCAUAUAGAACAUCCUGGCUUAUCCUUUACCUGGAAGAGACGGAGGGCAUUAAUGAUCAGACCACACUGAAAACCAUUUAUGAAAGAAUUUCUAAAAAUAUCCCAACAACAAAGGAUGUAGAACCACUUCUGGAAAUCGAUGGCGACAUAAGAAAUUUUGAAGUGUUCCUUUCAUCUAGGACGCCUGUUCUUGUAUCCCGAGAUGUCAAAACCUUUUUACCUUGCACAGUAAAUUUGGAUCCAAAACUUCGGGAGAUCAUUGCAGAUGUGCGUGCAGCCAGAGAUCAGAUGAACAUCGGAGGCUUCCCCUAUCCUACGUUACCCCUGCAGGAUGCCCCACCAAGAGCAGCCUCUGUAUUCAGUCAGCCAUCCUCUGUCUGCUCCUCUUCUUCAUUUAAUGGUCCCUUCCCUGGUGGUGUUGUUUCCCCACAGCCCCCCAGUAGCUACUAUAGUGGUAUGACUGGUCCACAACAUCCUUUCUAUAACAGGCCGUUCUUUGCACCUCAUGUUUACCUGCCAAAGUAUUACUUUGGCCACCCCCAACAUCCCAUGUCACGUCCAUCUUUCAAACACAGUUUGUCCAGAGAUCAAACCAAUGGCCUAGACAUUAUUGAAGAAGAUGCAGAUGAGAAUCUGUCUACUCCCACACACUCCCCUCUGGUUAAUGGUGGUGUCGGCGGCGGCGUGGCAGCUGCACACAUUUCUGCACUGAGUGCCUUGAAUGUGGAUGCGGUGUGUGAAAAGCUGAAGCAGAUUGAAGGCAUUGAGCAGAGCAUGUUGGCGCAGUACACUGCAACCAUUCGCAAGGCAAACAUCAAUGGUCGUGUCCUGGUACAAUGCAGCAUGGAUGAGCUGAAGAAGGAGAUGAGUAUGAACUUCGGCGACUGGCACCUGUUCAAGAGUACACUUCAAGAUAUGCGAAGUGGCGACACACAGGUGCAUCACGACAAGCCCCGUAUGCCUGAGGCGGUCAGAAAUGUAGCAGCUCCCAAUGAGAUGACACGGCGUCCAGUGCCAAACCCAGAACUGCCACACACUGACCUUGCAAGUCAGAACUACGAUUUCAGCUUCAGCUUUGAAGAACUUAACGCACUUGGAUUUGAGGAGGCGCAGAAUCGUGCUUGGCAGGGAAGGGCACAUAGAACUCCAAGUUUGUCCAGUCUCAACUCCCAGGAAUCAAGCAAUGAAAUUUCCAGGCUAACUGAUAAAGUCCAGGCAGAAUAUAGAGAUGCCUAUCAGGAAUAUAUUGCUCAGAUGGCGCAUAUAGAAGGUGCAGUGGCCGCCACUACCAGUGGCCGAUCCUCUCCUAUGAGCUCCAGUGCAUACUACGUUGGGCAGAGCACGUCUGUGAGCUCCAUACACUCCACUUCAGAACAAGACAAAGGGAAAGAAGAGCAAAAGCUGGAAGAUGGAAGGAAGCCAUUUUUGCUGAAGAGGAAUGAUGUUGAAUACACAUCUUCCACUGCUUCCACCACUGAUGUUUCCCCAUUGGACCCGAUCACAGAAGAGGAUGAGAAGUCUGAUCAGUCUGGUUCCAAGCUUCUUCCCGGGAAGAAGACAGCAGAGAGAACAAGCAUAUUCCAGGGAACUGGGAUGCGCUACCAGAAGCUUCCAAGUGAUGAAGAUGAGUCUGGACCUGAGGAGUCAGAUAACACUCCUCUUCUAAAGGAUGGCAAAGACAAAAAGCCAGAUACCACCACAGACAAGAAAGUGUCUGACCAUGCACCAGAGUCAGUGAGGACAUUCAUCAAAGCAAAAGAAUACUUGUCUGAUGCUAUCCUAGACAAGAAAGACUCUUCCGACUCUGGGGUGAGGUCCAAUGAAAGUUCACCAAACCAUUCCCUAAGCAAUGAAGGUGGUGAUGACUCCCAUCUCGAAAAAACUAACCUUAUUGAACUUGAGGAUGACCGCAUGCGCGCAAAGAGGGGAAUACCAAACAGUUUGAGCGGUCUUCAAGACCCAGCCAUAGCACGCAUGUCCAUCUGCUCAGAAGACAAGAAGAGCCCAUCUGAAAGCAGCCUCAUAGCCAGCAGCCCAGAGGAGAAUUGGCCAACUUGCCAGAAAGGCUAUAAUCUCAACCGAACUCCCAGUACAGUGACCCUGAACAAUAACACCGCAAACCAAAACUUCGAAGAAACCGAAGCAGCAAAAGAAGAGUCACCGAUCAUAGUGGUGCCUGGGUCCAGCCCAGUUCACAAUGAGAACCUGAAGAGAAUGACCCACAAGAGAGGCCAACGAUCAGGAUACAGCCGUCUGGCAAAAGAUUCCUCAGAGCUGCACACAGUCAUAUCAUCUGACUCUGCUGGCUUUGCGGAAGAACGAGAGAGUAUCCUUUAAACUCAAUCUCCAUCGUUUCAGUCGCUGUCAGCAUCCAUUUUUUUUUAUUCCUUUCUCCGUUACAUUUUUUUUUGCCAACCUCAUCCUCAGCCUUAAACCUUAAGCACUUGUGAUCCUUAACACAUCUUUCUUAAAAUGUUCUGGAAAAUAUGUAAAAGCAAACCCCAGCAAAUAACCUAGUAAAGAGCACCGAAUACGAUCAGCUGCCAUAGUACCUACUGCAGAUCUUUAAUGUGACGAGAAGAGAACGUCUUGUUCCAGAAAGUGUUAUGACCAUUAGAUUUUGUGCUCUUCAUUAGCCAUUUUGUUAUUCCAUCACAUUUACAUUUAUAAACCAUUAUUGAAAAGUCAUGACCUGAAGUAAUAAACAGUGAGAUUAGACCUGCUCAUUCAUUGGAAGAUGAUUCUUUAUUCGGUUCUUCCACCAAGCACAAUGUU